AUGGGAUGCAUUCAUUCGCGCCCCUUAUUCACACGCAAGUUCUGCGUCACCUGCGGUGAUGACAUCCCCAUCCACCUGCAACUGAAGACAAAUUCCCACUGCGAGAAAAUCGUUUGCAAGGGUGGAGAUUACAUGCGCAGGGUACAGGCCCAGAAGGGGAGGGAGAUGGCGAGGUUUGAGUCUUAUGAGUUUACGUUUCUAUGA